AGAUUUUAAGUCAUGGUUUCAUUGUGUCGCAUCAUGAUGGUUGAUAUUGGCAAAAAUUGCGGUCAACUUAGGCUGAUAUGGCCUCAAUUGACAAUCAUGAUUGUGUUGUGGUUGUGGUUGCGGUUGCAGAGACAUAAAAAUCUUGAUGUGAUGAUAUUGCAGUCGCGGACUUCCUUUUUAAACUCUAACUGCUGUUACUUGCGCAACUUAUCACAUAAUAGUUUUAUCAAAUCAAAGGUAUUUUAAACAAAAAUUUGUGGUUGAAGCUCUAAAUAUUAAUAGACUGUCAUCAGCAGAUGGGGUCUGAAGGUCCUUCAGCAGCUGCUGCAGUAAUAACAGUUUAUGUAACAGGUUUCAAGAAAUUCCAUGGAGUUUCAGAUAAUCCAACAGAGACAAUUGUGAAUAAUUUAACGGAAUAUAUGAAAAAGAAGGGUUUGCCAAAAGGUUUAGUUAUUGGAAGCUGCAGCAUUCUUGAUACUGCUGGACAAGGAGCCCUUGUUCCCUUGUACCAGACAUUGCAAUCUGCUAUUAUUGCCAAGGACUCGGAAUCUUCAAGUUCCAACAGAAUUAUUUGGCUGCAUUUUGGGGUUAACAGCGGUGCAACAAGGUUCGCGAUAGAGCGUCAAGCUGUCAAUGAGGCUACCUUCCGUUGCCCUGAUGAAAUGGGAUGGAAGCCUCAGAAAGUUCCCAUUGUUCCUUCAGACGGCACUGUUUCACGAAUACGGGAGACUACACUUCCUGUGGAGGAGAUCUCCAAGUCGUUGGCAAAGAAAGGUUAUGAUGUAAUGACAUCCGAUGAUGCAGGCAGAUUUGUGUGCAAUUAUGUUUACUAUCAUUCCCUUCGAUUUGCGGAGCAGAACGGAAACAAAUCCCUUUUCGUGCAUGUGCCGCUCUUCUUUACAAUAGAUGAAGAGACCCAAAUGCAAUUUGCUGCUUCGUUAUUAGAGGUACUUGCUACAAUAUGUUAGUAACACCUGGCUCGUGUAAUUGCUCUGGUGUUGCCAUACUUCUGAAAUGGGUGAGUGUACAUCCUUGAAUGAAAUGUUAUAAAUUAUUAUGAUUUUAAUAAGAUAUUGUUAUGGAAUGGAAAUAAAAAAUGGCGAGGCGUUUGUUUUAGCCCUUAAAUGUUUCAGAUUAAAGGCUAUGGCAAACUGUCUAGGCAAGUUGGCAUCGUAAGUGUGACCUUGUGAAUAAAAUGUUCAUUUUCUUUUUCUUCA